CGGCAUCCCCCACCCCCUCCCGGGACCGCUCCUGAUUCGGCGGGACCGGCUGACAGCGCGGAUCUCUCCUAGAUCAGCCCUCACCUGGAUAUAACCCUGUCGGGCCUCCGCCGCCGCGAUGACAACUCUGGCUGGAGCUGUCCCCAGGAUGAUGCGACCCGGGGCCGGGCAGAACUACCCCCGCAGCGGGUUCCCGCUGGAAGUCUCUACUCCUCUAGGCCAGGGCAGAGUCAAUCAGCUCGGAGGAGUGUUUAUCAAUGGCAGGCCUUUACCCAACCAUAUCCGACACAAGAUAGUGGAGAUGGCCCACCAUGGCAUAAGGCCCUGUGUCAUCUCUCGCCAGCUGCGAGUGUCCCACGGCUGCGUCUCCAAAAUUCUCUGCAGGUACCAGGAGACGGGCUCCAUCAGGCCGGGGGCCAUCGGCGGCAGCAAGCCCAAGCAGGUGACGACGCCGGACGUUGAGAAGAAAAUCGAGGAAUACAAGCGGGAAAACGCGGGCAUGUUCAGCUGGGAGAUCCGGGACAAGCUGCUGAAGGACGGGGUGUGUGACCGCAACACGGUGCCGUCAGUAAGCUCCAUCAGCCGCAUCCUGCGGAGCAAGUUUGGGAAAGGCGAGGAAGAGGAGGCCGAGCUGGAAAGGAAGGAGGUGGAGGAAGGCGACAAGAAGGCCAAGCACAGCAUUGACGGCAUCCUCAGUGAAAGAGCAUCAGCACCCCAGUCUGAUGAAGGCUCUGACAUCGAUUCUGAACCAGAUUUACCUUUAAAAAGAAAGCAGCGUCGCAGCAGGACAACCUUCACAGCAGAGCAACUGGAAGAGCUGGAAAGAGCUUUUGAGAGGACACACUACCCUGAUAUUUAUACUAGGGAAGAACUUGCGCAAAGAGCCAAACUCACAGAGGCUCGUGUCCAGGUCUGGUUUAGUAACCGUCGUGCUAGAUGGAGGAAACAGGCAGGAGCCAAUCAACUGAUGGCUUUCAACCAUCUGAUCCCAGGAGGAUUUCCACCCAGUGCCAUGCCAACUUUGCCAACGUACCAGCUCUCUGAGCCCUCUUAUCAACCCACCUCCAUACCGCAAGCCGUGUCUGAUCCAAGCAGUACCGUCCAUAGACCUCAGCCUCUCCCUCCAAGCACUGUACACCAAAGCAGCCUCCCUUCAAAUCCAGAGAGCAGCUCUGCCUAUUGCCUACCCAGCACCAGGCAUGGAUUUUCCAGCUAUACAGACAGCUUUGUGCCUCCAUCCGGGCCCUCAAAUCCCAUGAACCCUGCCAUUGGCAAUGGCCUUUCACCUCAGGUAAUGGGACUCCUGACUAACCACGGUGGUGUGCCUCACCAGCCCCAAACUGAUUAUGCCCUGUCCCCUUUAACUGGGGGCCUGGAGCCUACCACCACUGUCUCAGCCAGCUGCAGCCAGCGGCUAGAUCAUAUGAAGAGUUUAGACAGCCUGCCUACAUCCCAGUCCUACUGCCCACCGACCUACAGCACCACGGGUUACAGCAUGGACCCUGUCACAGGCUACCAGUAUGGACAGUAUGGACAAAGUGAGUAUUGGGAUGUUUGCACUGUGAAGUGCAAUACAGUACCCGUUUGUCAAUGGUCUGUACUUUCUGUCUGUAACAAAGAAAAUUAUGAGCAGAGAUCCUAA